UGGUGGUAAUUUGGAAGAGGACAUUUGUGAGAUCAUCGUUCCACGUUCUUCUAGGCGGAUUAGCGCUCACAGAUUUGUGUACGGGACUCAUCUCCCAGCCUUUCUUUGCCGCCGCCUAUUUUACGUACUUUGCAACCCAAGAGGCAAAUUGCCAUAGGUUAAAGCUUGCUUUGACUCUGAGGACAAUCGGUGCGUGCAGUGCCCUCUACUUCAUUGGUUGCACAAUUCUUCUUCUAACAAUCCUGUCCAUUGAACGAUGGCUGUACAUGUCUCGACGAUCUUUCGUCACAUCACGUGGUGGGCAGUAUUUGGCGGUGAUUUUACUAUUACUGACACCGAUUCCUGCGGUCGUUUUUCGUGUUUUGUCAACUAAAAGCCAGAAGUAUGGAAAUAAAAUGAGUAUUGCCAUUGUAGCAAUAAUUCUCAUUUGCUAUCUGACCAUGUCAUUUGCCUACUUUAAAGUUUACCGCAUUAUCCGUCAUCACCAACAGCUAGUCCAAGCGGACGAAGCAUCCCAAAAUUUUGGGCGACAAGCAAUCGACCUGGCGAAGUACAAGAAAUCUUUUGCCACGAUCAUCUAUAUUCUCCUACUAUUUUCGUUUUGUUUUUUACCCUAUGUUGUCUCUAGUGGGGUUUAUAUUAGUCUUAAGUUUAGCUCGGAAAUAUUUGUGGUUGAUAGGGUGACAAUGGUGGUUUUAUUGUUGUCCCCUUCACUAAACCCAGGUCUUUACCUUUGGAGAAUGAAUGAUAUUCGCAAUGGAGUCAGACAAUUAUUCUACAGUUACAGCUAGACAACACGUCAAACUACUGCCAUUCAGUUGACACAGAUUGCUGAAAUUCUAUAUGAUUCGCAAUGUAUAUUAUCUGAGGAUAUUCAGCUACUAUGAUUUGACUUCCACGGUUUUCCACCUGCCAGAAAGUCGUCUCUUAUCGGUAAGAUGGGUGUUACUAAUUUUAUCGAACAUAGUAUUUGAAAGCUUAGCAGUUGCAAACUGUAGCAGAUGUCAAUGUAAGUUACGGAAAGACAAUACCUAGAUGUAUUGUAAGAAAAAAAAUAAAGAUUUAUGCUUAAAUCUGAUUAGUUUUAAAGAAAUGAUUAAUUUUGUGGAAAAUAUUAUUUGAAAGCUUCGAAGGGACGGAAUAUAGCAGGUGUCAAUUAAGUUACAAACAGACGAUAAAAGUUAAAUACGAUUGGCAUCUUUGUAUGGAAUUUCUGAAAUAGAACUAAUCUUAUUCCGAGUACCCUUUGAUAUACGUGUACUGAGAACUAAACGACAGAAACAAUAUGAUUAUGUGAGGUGUAGAUUACCAUAGUCAUAACACUCGCUCAAAAGACACUAUUCGAUCCAUUAAAUCAGGUAGUAACAGGGGUUUGCUCAGAUCAGUAAAUAGUGCUUUACCCGAUUGGAAUGCCCUGCCUAUAGACAUAAAAAAGCUUCCUUUUAAUUUUUUAGAACGUCGUUACUUGAUAGGUUUAAAUUUUAAAAGUGAUUUUCAAGUUUACUUUCAUUUGUUAUUAGUACUUGGGUUUGAUCGUGAUUAGUUUUUAUUUUUUACCACGCAAUGUGAAGGGAGCUUCCUUCAUAAAUAUUAUUUAUUAUUAGUAUCAGUAUCAGUAUCAGUAUCAGUAUCAUCAUCAUCAUCAUUAUUAUUAUUAUUAUUAUUAUUAUUAUUAUUAUUAGAACAAUCGUAGGGAUCACCACAUUGAAGUAAAACCUGGCAGGUAAUUUUAAGCCUACAGUAUGGCAAUAUACAUAGCAAAACAAAAAAAAAAGGAGACAAAAAAUAUAAAGUAAUGGUAAGAAAAUAGCGAACGUUUCUCAAUUUCGAUUAAAAUGAAGUUACGGUUUGGAAUCGUUUUGUGCCGUUGAUCAAGCGCUGAGUUUAACACGAGUGAAACUGCAGUUACAAUUCGCCUUUAGUGGGCUGUUAUCGACCAUAUUAUUUGAACGAUUUUCUAUCAUUUUUAUUUUAGAUGUAAUAUAAUUCACUUUUUCAUUUCAUUCCAUUUAUAAAGUGCAUUUGCAUACAUUUUAAAUAGUAAAUGAAUGAUAGUAAUAAAAAUUUAAAAAAAUAUAUUAAGCCAUGAAAAAAAAAAUUCGACGUGACUAAAGCUGGACACCUCCAUGGUCAAGUAAAUGGGAACAUAGCGAAUUAAUUCAGUUAGGCUAGCCCUACAUACACUACAUUACAACAUACAUAUACACCACCUUCAAACUUAUGUAGCAACAAAAUCAAACAACAAAAUAAAACAUAGUAGCAGCAAAAUAAAGUUUGAUUAUUCAGACGGUGGCAUUUGCACUCUUUCUUAAAGAUAUUGUUGGGCAAACACUCAAUUUCCAAAUCUUUUGUAACAAGAAAGUCUAAGACCAUAAGAGUUAUGGGUUCUCUUAAGGCAUUCUCCUGAGCUCCUAUUCUUUCAAUUUCGUUAUCAUGUCCGACGAAAGUUUUAUUCUUAUGCAGUAGCAUUAGUGACUCAAUACGCGUUAAACUGUCACACAAUAGGAGACACUAGAGAAAAUUAUCUCCACGAAAUAUUGAUAUGGGUUUAUUCUAGGUUUGCUAAGACGAAAUGUCUUUGCAUGGCCACAGCUAAGGUCCUGAGACACCUCAAAAGGUGUCUUUUCGUUGGACAGAAGAAUGGCAAAGUUAAGGGAGUUGAAAACACUCAUGCUUUGCAUAUUCUUUGUCGCUUUGGCAUCUCUUAUCGCGAUGUUUUCCUACACCGUCAAUAUUGCAAGAUACAUGAAAUCUGGAAGAGCGCCGGUCGUUUUGUUAAUCAAUGAUACACAAUGGAAUAGUCACCUUCAAGAAAUGUCCUUCUCUGGAUCGAAAGACCAAAGAUGGAGCAAUGAAUUGACAUAUCACUCAACAGCAGAAUCAGUGGGAAGAAAUCGAGAUCAGCGAGAACAAAACAAUCACCAAAAUAGAUCAAAUAUAAAUGUACGUAUACCUAAUUAUGACUUAGCAACUGAGAAUCGACGCAAAUACAUCAAAGGCUUGUGUCCACCAAAAUCCCCAGCUCUUGUGGGACGCUUACGCGUAGACAAAUCAGUUCCUAAAAUGGAAGACACUGAAAGGAAAAUGUCCAGGGAUUUUCGAGGUUGGGUCGACAAGGGAGGCCAAUGGAAACCAACUGAAUGUAAAGCGAGGGUUAAGAUGGCCCUGAUAAUUCCAUACCGCAACCGUUUCCAACAGCUGUCCAUCUUUGUGCGACAUAUGCACCCUAUACUCAAGAGACAAAAUCUGGAUUACAGAAUCUUUGUAAUAGAGCAGUCAGGGGACACCAGUUUUAAUCGUGGCAUGCUGUUAAAUAUUGGCUUCAAAGAAGCUCUCAGAUUUAACAAUUACAAAUGCUUCAUAUUUCACGAUGUGGACCUAAUGCCUGAAAAUGAUCGCAACAAAUACAGCUGCCCGUCAUCUCCAAGACAUCUGUCAGUUGCUGUGGAUACAUUUAAUUACCGGCAAGUACAGUUUGAUAAACAUGCGUUUGUUAGCGUAGCGUCCCAUCCCGGGUAGGGGGAGGGGGGGGGGGGAUUACGGCUCCUAGUCGUUUCAUGCUACUAAAACCGGAGAUGAGCCGCCACAUAAGGGGCCACUAGGCUUGAGAGCAGAGUUUAUCUUUACUUUUAGGAGAAUCUUUGUUUACAAUAUUUGCCUCAUUACCAUUAGCGAUACAGUUUCUGA